GCAUCUCACCAGGGUGAUCAGACUUCAGGCCGCGUGCGCAGACAAUGGCAAGCAGGCCCUGAAGGUCAGAAGGUCAGCUUCGGCAGGCGAUCUCGAGCACCGCCCGGUUCAGCUGCACCUGCGCCGUUCUCCCUCCAGUCCGGCAAUGCGAUUUUAUCUCGAAGUGCUAUCGGUGUUGAUAACCGUUGGUCAAAUAUUAUACAAGAAUACAUGCGGACUGGGGAGACGGCUGCGAUGUCCGGACUGAUCGGACAGUUUCCUCAGAGUCCUGUCACGGUCGACUUACCAGUCGGUGGUGGUAACGGCAGAGCGCCAGAAACCUUGCCAGUGUUGGUACUGCCCAUACCCAUUCCAGUGCAGCAAUGUUCGUCAAACUACAAUGAGCAACCGCUUACUCAACCGUUGAAACUAGAAGGACACCAGCCGAUCGUGGUGGGCAACCAGGUGGCCCCACCGCCAGUACCGUUCAACAUCGCCUUCCCGAACCGACUUUCAGAGACAUCGCAACCCGAGACUAAUUAUUACACCAAUGAAAGACAUCCCACUCCAGAGAUAGUGUCUGUAGUGUCAUCCCAGCAGUUAAUAGAGGCAUUCAGAGCUCAACAGCCGCGGUCUCCGGAGCUGCCUCCACUGUUGCUGCCACACUCGCCAAAAAUCGUGGUCACUCGCGGUCUUUUCGACCUGGGCAAGCAGGUUUUGAACGCGGUUGUACCACCGAAGCUGUCGUUCGACCGUUCCAUGAUGCUGAAGGGACAUCUCACCAUUCCACGAGCGGAUUAUACAGAGCCCUACACGGCAUUAUACGAUGCAGACAGCGGCAUGAACCGCGUGGACAUGCAUGGAGGGACUUCCAGUUCUUACAGAGCCCAAGUUCCAGAUGGUACCACACUCAGAGUCAUGAAAACUGUGGACCGCACAGGUGAUAAGGAGAUGACUAGAUGUGUAACGAUGAGAUCAACAUCGGAACAAUUCGACCGGGCGCCGCCUGUGCUGCCUGAUACUGAACCGUUUAAAUUCGAGGGUUACGUCGACAUGGAGGACGGUCGUAAAGCAGAAAAAUGGGUAUACAAUAUGUCAGGACGACCGGGUGAGAUGGGAGGCGCUCAAGAUGAGGCGCUCACUUACCGACACGAAAUGCACGUCAUGCGCGACAAGGACGGCAACAAUAUACCACUCAGCUACGCUGUAAAUGUGGACAGCUCGACUCUGGGACCCAACAGCGACAGCUACGAGCAUCAAUACACACACACUGAGCACAUGACGCCACAGUUAGAUGAUCUUCGUAUUGAUAUGGAUCGUGAGUGCGACGAAGUUGAGGAAACGCAAGAUAUGGCGAAGGUUGACCCGUUGAGAGAGUACACGAUGCCAGAAGUAGACAAACGUCACAAUGAGGGCCUCCUAAGCUAUGCCUCAAAAUUCGCGCGCAAGUUUAUAGACAGCGGAGAAGAAGCGGUGAGGAAGAACUUACUAAUGCAGACUACUCGGUUUGUGGAGUCCGCCAACCGUCAGGCUGGUACCGCUAAGAUGGGCUUGAACUUCCUGGCUGAUCGACUGCUUUCAGAGGUGGAAUACUUGACUGGAGUGGUGGUUAGCAAGGAUUUGAGGCAUUCAGACCCGUUCCCCUACCUGCGUAAUCAGUUGCGUGACAUUGCUGACAAGUUGCUUGACAGAUUCGAUUGGCGGUCGAAGGAUGCUGUAACACACGUGCGUUACCAAAACGCUUGUAAAGCAUGCUGGGCGUUUGCUGUGACCGCGGCUAUAGAAGGUGCCUUGAAGAUUCAGUCUGGCAAACUGGUGCCUCUCAGUGAGAAGGCCCUGGUGGACUGCGCACACAAAACUGGAGGCAACGGGUGCGGGGGCACCUGGCCGAGUCGGGCUUACGACUACGUCAAAGAUCGGGGCCUACCCUCCCUUGGGCAGUACAGAAAAUACGAACCAAAGGUGGACACGUGUGAAGACGAGCGUGUGACUCCGGUGACCUUCAUCAGCAGUCACGUGAAUGUCACUCGAAACAAUAUCGCCGCACUUAAGGUGGCGAUUGCUAAACAUUCCCCCACCGUGGUGACAGUAGACGGGCUCUGUUACAGCUUCCUCCGGUACACCAGCGGGGUACUACAAGAUGAGAGAUGUUCCAGAACAGCCGAGAAUCAUGCUGUGACAGCUGUAGGAUACGGUCCAAACGGCGUGAAUGGUAUCUACUUCACUCUCAAGAACUCCUGGGGCACCAGUUUCGGGGAAAACGGGUACAUACGUGUCCACGGCACUUCUAAUACGGCCGGUGUACUCACCAGACCGUCGUAUCCAGUUCUGCGGAGCGAGGAUGUGAGACGAAUCCCUGAAUCAGAUGUCGACGAUCCUUAUCAGGAUGAGGUGGGAGGCGGCGUCAAAACGAGAUGAUUUUAUAAUGCAUU